AACAAGGAAUGAGAAAGCGGAACGGAGCUUCAGGAGGACGUAGGUCCCAGAAGGCGGGCAGAGAGGAAGUGUCGGAUUGAUGGGCGAAAGGAUUAGCAGUUGUGGAAAGUGUGCAGACAGCUUUCCCCCACUUUUAUCUGAACAGCCCAGCCAGAUGCAGGUACUGCUUUCUGCUUUACUUCUUUGCAGAAAGAGAAGGUUCUGAUGGUCUGAUGGUCCCUCGGCCCAGCAAACCACCUUGCUCUGCCUGGAGUCCCCAGCAUCCCUCCUGCCUGCCGGGGCAGGUGCCAGACAAGCUGACAGAGAAUGGGACCUUUAUUCCACGGUCAAAGAGCAUGUACUCCUGGAGCGGCACUUAGUGAGGAGUGGUCCAAUAAAAGCGGCAGUUUGGCUCUGAAGUCUCCAACUCACAGGGGACGUCAGGCAGGGAAGAGGCAGCUUAAAUAUAAGAAGGUUUGACGUGCAGGAGCAGGUGAUUGUAAAUUGGUUGAAUCACGGGAUGAUGCCACGUGCUUUGUGGACAGUGUGGGUCUUGGGGGCUGUAAUCAGCCUGUUCAAGGAGGGGGCCCCUGCUCAGGCUUCUCCUCUGGCUUGUGACCCCACUGGUGUCUGCGAUGGCCACUCCAGAUCUUUACUCUCCAUCCCCUCAGGGCUCACGGCAACUGUGAAAAGCCUUGACCUGUCCAACAACAAGAUCGCCUAUGUCAGCAACAGUGACCUGCAGACAUGUGUGAACCUCAAGGCUCUGAGGUUGGAAUCCAAUAAAAUUGACACCAUAGAGGAAGACUCCUUUUUCUCCCUGGGGAGUCUUGAACAUUUGGACUUAUCGUAUAAUCACUUACCUCACUUAUCAUCCUCCUGGUUCAGGUCCCUUGCUUCCUUGAAAUUCUUAAACUUAUUGGGAAAUUCUUAUACAACACUUGGGAAAACAUCUCUUUUUUCUCAUCUCACCAACUUGCGAAUCCUGAAAGUAGGAAAUAGUUACUACUUCACUGAAAUUCAGGAAAAGGAUUUUGCUGGACUAACUUCUCUUGAGGAACUUGAGAUUAAUGCUCCCAGUCUCCGGAAGUAUAAUCCAAAGAGUUUGAAGUCAAUUCAGAACAUCCGCCAUCUGAUCCUUCAUUUAAGUCAGCCUGCGUUCCUGCUGGAGAUUUUUGUAGAUGUUUUAAGUUCCUUGGAGCAUUUGGAACUGAGAGAUACUCAUUUGGACACUCUCCAUUUUUCAGAAGUAUCUAUCAAUGAAACCAAGACCAUUAAAAAGUUGACAUUUAGAAAUGUGGAAAUCACCGAUGAAAGUUUUAACGAAAUGGUGAAACUGUUGCAUUAUGUUUCUGAAAUGUUAGAUGUGGAGUUUGAUCAAUGCACCCUCAACGGAAUUGGGGCUUUUUACAUAUCUGAUAUGGCUGCAGUUGAAGAUCUGAGAAAGGUGGAGACAUUAACAAUACGGAAGUUAUAUAUCCCACAUUUUUAUUCAUUUCAUGAUCUGAGCAGUUUAUAUUUAUUUACAGGAACUGUUAAAAGAGUCACAAUAGAAAGCAGUAACGUUUUCCUCGUUCCUUGUUCACUUUCGCAAUAUUUAAAAUCAUUAGAAUAUUUGGAUCUCAAUGGCAAUUUAAUGGUUGAAGACUUACUGAGAAACUCAGCCUGCAAGGAUGCCUGGCCCUCCCUGCAAACCUUAAUUUUAAGGCAAAAUCAUUUGACAUCAUUAGAAAAAACUGGAGAAAUUUUGCUUACUCUGGAAAAUCUGACUAAUCUUGAUAUCAGUAAGAAUAAUUUUCAUCCUAUAUCUAAAACUUGUCAGUGGCCGGCGAAGAUGAAACAUUUGAACUUAUCCAGCACAAGAAUACAGAGUGUAACUGAAUGCAUUCCCCAGACACUGGAAAUUUUAGAUGUUAGCAAUAACAGUCUCAGUUCGUUUUCUUUGACUAUGCCACAGCUCAGAGAGCUCUAUAUUUCUGGAAAUAAGUUGAAGGCGCUACCAGAUGCCUCCUUCUUGCCCAUGCUACUAGUCAUGAGAAUCAGCAGAAAUACAAUCAAUGGGUUCUCCAAGGAGCAACUUGAUUCCUUUAAAAAACUGAAGACUUUGGAAGCUGGCAGCAACAAUUUCAUUUGCUCCUGUGAAUUCCUGUCCUUCACUCAGGAGCAGCGGGCACUGGCCCAGAUCCUGGUGGGCUGGCCAGAAAACUACCUGUGUGAUUCCCCAACCCACGUGCGGGGCCAGCGGGUUCAGGACACCCGUCUCUCGGUUUCGGAGUGCCACAGGGAGGCUCUGGUGGCUGCCACGUGCUGUGUCCUUUUCCUGUUGAUCUUGGUCACUGGGGUUCUGUGCCACCACUUCCAUGGGCUGUGGUACCUGAGAAUGAUGUGGGCCUGGCUCCAGGCCAAAAGGAAGCCCAGGAGAGCUCCCCAGAGGGACUUGUGCUAUGACGCCUUUGUGUCCUACAGUGAGCAGGACUCCCACUGGGUGGAGAGCCUUAUGGUCCAGGAGCUGGAGCACUUCAACCCCCCCUUCAAACUGUGUCUUCAUAAACGGGACUUUAUUCCUGGCAAAUGGAUUAUUGACAAUAUCAUCGACUCCAUCGAAAAGAGCCACAAAACCAUUUUCGUGCUUUCCGAGAACUUUGUGAAGAGCGAGUGGUGCAAGUACGAGCUGGACUUCUCCCACUUCCGGCUCUUCGACGAGAACAACGACGCCGCCAUCCUCGUCCUCCUGGAGCCCAUCGAAAGGAAGGCCAUUCCCCAGCGCUUCUGUAAGCUGCGCAAGGUGAUGAACACCAGGACCUACCUGGAGUGGCCCACCGAGGAAGCGCUGCAGGGCAACUUUUGGAUCAAUCUGAGAGCCGCAAUCAAGUCCUAGGGUCCUUCCUGCAAGGCCGGCCUUGGGCCAGUGGUGGCCUUUCUAUCACGAGUUGUAACUAAGUCCUUUCUGACCCAAGUCUAUGUGAACUACGCGAGGACUCGUUUACGAAAACCACUGAAACUGUUCGAGCAUUAUCUAGAGCGCUGUUUUAUAAAAACUGCUACCCAUUUGAAACAAAAACAGCUUUGGGUUUUGCUUUAUCCUAGGAGGUCAUCAUAAUCGGAGGCAGUUACUGAUAUGGGAAUGACCUGCGGCAAAUGGUUUAGUUCAGUAGGAAAUGGCACCGAUGAACAGAAGAUUUCAAAUGAGUGAGGGGUCAGCUCCGCUAGCAGACGCUUCCACGGCCACAGAGGCGUACACCGUCCCCCCAGCUGCCUCGUCUGCUUCGGCCGCUCUCGUGGUCAAAAGGGCAAAAUGUGUGGGUCACUCAGCCCCGACAUUACUAGUCCUAGAAAAGUAGUGUUGUGUGUCCCCAUCAAACUUUAUAGGAUACAAAAUACCUGAAGAAUGGUGUGUUUUCAUGUGAACUGGGUCUGUCUGUCUGUCUGUCCGUCCGGGUGUUUGGUAGGUUCCUCUAGCCAUAAUUACCUGAGUGAGGGUGCCUAACACAAGAUAUAGUAAGUUGUGGUUUUCAAUGAAAAUCUAACUAUUAAAGUAAAUAAAAUCCUCACUUUAGAAGACUUUGAAAGAAGCCUUCCAUAUCUCUGACUCAUCUGCCUCCAGCCUUUAACUCCAUGUGAAGUUCUCACUUGGACCGAGUUACUCUGGCUGUCGGUCCCCAUCUUCUGGUCUGUCACCUUGCAUCUCAGUGCGGUCUUCUUCUUUGCAAAGUCUUGUUUCUGGUGCUAUACAGGCCUUCCUUUGUUUUCCUUCUGAAAAUGUAUAAUAGUACCUAUGAGCUAAAUAUAUUUGUAAACAAGUAUAAACCCAGACGUUCUUCAUGACAAUUAUUUGGUACACAAUCAUUUAAAAGACAGACAACACUUCCAUACAUUCAUUUUUGUAAUGCAGAUUUAAUCAUACAUUAAAUUGAAUGCAAUUAAUGCUAUUGACUGAGUUGGUGUGACUGUCUUCUGAAGCUGGGGACCCUGUGUGAAAGGAAGUGAACUUCCUCUGACCCUGCUCAGUUCUCAGCCAAGACUGGGUUUGUGUGGUUGGUUGAGCUCUGGAGUCAGAAAGUCCUGGUUAGUAGAUAUGUAUCACUGGCCAAGUUACUUCACUCACCCCAAAUAUUUUCCUGUCCUUAAAGCGGGGAUAAUAAUAUCGAGAUCACAGGGUGUGAUGUAGAUGUUAAUGCAGUAAUGUACCUAACCCACUGAGCACAUGCACCUUGGUCACCGUUCCUUCAGGAGGGGUGAGGCGGGCGAGAGGCCCCAGCCUGUGGGAAUGGGAACCAUGGGGUGCUUGAGUGGGGGGACAAGGAUGCUUGUCGUAGAUGUUAGCUGUUAUCAUUUUCCAAGAAGUAAUCUGUCUCCUUGCGCAUUAUGAUUGGCAAAUGGAUAUUUUUCUGUUACGGGUACUAGCAGGGAUAUAAGAGGUCCUGUUGUUUGAAGAAAAAUAGCCCAAAGAAAUAAGCUCACUAGGUGCAUAACCAGCCGUAGUCCUCAGAACGCUCACACAAUAUUUCUUCUCUUUCAUACAAAUCCUGGGAGAGUGUUAUGAAGGAAACAGUAGCCAACAUAAAAAACAUGGAAA